GAGAUGCGGGUUCACUUGCCCUGCGUAGGGGCUUAUCUUGGGCUAAGCUGAGGGACUAAUAGCAAAGCCAGCCUCCGCUCCAGCUGGUCUGAGGGCAUAGGGAACCAUCUGUCCACUCUGUGGAUAACUGACAACAAAGGGGGCAAACAUUGGAUACGGACUACAAACUAAAAGGCCGUUCAUUUAGGAGACACCAGAAAUAAAGAAGAGGAGCAAGUAUUUUUAAUAGAAGGUGUGGCAUGGCGUCAGAGAGUUCUCUAUUUAUUGAUUUGUAGUGUUUGCGUUGAAGACUGAAAAAUACAAAAUGUCUGACAAGGAAGAAAUGGCUUCAGAUGGGAGUCUGAAUGUUACACUGACACUGAGGCUGCUAAUGCAUGGAAAGGAAGUUGGCAGCAUAAUUGGAAAGAAAGGAGAAACAGUUAAGAAAAUGAGGGAGGAGAGUGGCGCUCGUAUCAACAUAUCAGAGGGAUCGUCCCCAGAGAGAAUAGUUACCAUCACAGGGCCCACAGAGGGCAUCUUCAGAGCUUUCUCCAUGAUCGCACAGAAGUUUGAGGAGGAUAUUAGCGCGGCAAUGACAAACAGCAACGUGACAAGCAAGCCACCUGUGACACUCCGCCUGGUUUUCCCAGGGAGCCAGUGUGGCUCGCUGAUUGGCAAAGGAGGCUCAAAAAUCAAAGAGAUCAGAGAGACCACAGGCGCUCAGGUUCAGGUGGCAGGAGACAUGCUGCCGGACUCUACGGAGAGGGCUGUCACAAUCUCCGGCACUCCACAGGCCAUCACUCAGUGUGUAAGACACAUCUGCUCUGUUAUGCUGGAGUCUCCACCAAAAGGAGCAACUAUUCCCUACCGUCCCAAGGCCAUACCUGCUGGAGCCCAUGCAGUAUUAGCGCCACAGCACUCUGCACAAGCCUUUGCAAUCCCAGGGCAAUAUGCGUUUGCACAUCAAGAUUUGACCAAGCUUCACCAGUUGGCUAUGCAGCAUAUCCCCCUCCCUUCCCUUGGGCAGAGCAACCCUACCUUCCCUGGAUUGGAUGCAUCUGCCCCCACAAGUUCACAAGAGCUGGCAAUACCUAAUGAUUUUAUUGGCUGCAUAAUUGGAAGACAAGGCAGCAAGAUCAAUGAGAUUCGCCAGGUCUCUGGAGCUCACAUCAAAAUUGCCAGCGCUACUGAUGGCUCUGCCAUGCGCCAAGUCACGAUCACAGGCUCGCCGGCCAGCAUCAGUGUGGCCCAGUACCUCAUCAACGCCAGCUUAGAGAUGGCUAAAUACACCAUGCAGGCCGCUUCUUCAGCAACCCCAGUUGACCUCAACAUGGGCUUCGCUCAGGCCAAUCCCACUGCCUCCACUGCUGCUACCUCUAUGGCCGUCCUGGCGGCCACCACCCCAGCCCCCACCAUUAACGUCCACUCUCCCUCCACCUUACAAACCAUCCAAAACCCACACUACGCCAUCCCCGUUUCCAGCCUGCUUGGCAUGAAAGGUCUCCCCGUCCUGGCUGUCCACCCAGCAGCCGCUUCCGGCCUAACGCAGGGUUUAUCCCCUUAUACGGCAAAAAUGCCAACCUCCGGCGUCAAAAAAUCUGAGCGGCAGAAGUUUGCUCCUUAUUGAUGUCUGCCUUUCAAGUCUAGUCAGCGUAGCUGACUGGUAAGACAUUAUUAAAUGAUGAGAAAUUAUUUAAAAUUGAGCAUACAGGCGUAAAAAGAGCUUACACCAGAGUGUUCAACUUUUGCCGGCAUAGCACUUGUUUCCCUUAAAACAGGAGAAUAUUGAAAACAGGCUGAAAGGAUGAUCAGUAUCAAAACAUGUCCUCAUUAAUUGAAACAGGCAGCAGAGGUGCAUAUUAACUCAGUAUUAUCUAAAGAGCACAUGUAACAAUUAAUGUGGGUAACUCAGGCUUGAAUUAGUGCCCUAGAAAAAUAUAUUUUUCAAAUGGGUUCAUGUUACAGAGCUUUAUAUGAAGUCUUACUCCAGGAGAGGUAUUUUCAAAUAUUGCAAAUAUUGACUUAGUUUUCUAUCUGUGUAUCUAGUUAACAGUCAGAUUUGGUUAGAUAUUUCAAACUAGUGACAUAAGAGGUGGUGCUUUGUUGGCAGCAGGCUGUUAAAAUGUUUGUCUUGUACUAUAGAAGUCAGUGUGUUAAGUAUUUUUUUAACAAGGGCUGCUCCACUCUACUGUAGGCUCUCAUCAGUGCUAACAGGCUUCUGUGUCCUGUAGUAGCAUUGCUCUGUAGCAGUUCUGAUGGGAUUAUCCUAAAGCCACAUUGGAUCCUCGUGGAUUUCACUCUACGCAGUAAUCCUGUAAGGCGGGAGCGGCCUAACCAACUCAUUUAUUGUUUUGUACGCUAGCUUGUUUCUUGUUUAUUCUCUAAACUAAAUGAGCUGAAUGCUUCAACUUACAGCGUCUGAAAUGGGCGCUGAGCAACUAUGGUAAUAAAUGUUUUAUUCAUGUGUUUCUGGUAUGGGUCUGCCCCCCAACCAAUGCAAAUUUGUAAUAUUUGUUGAUGAAAUGACUUUGAA